GCUGCUAGCCCAUAGGAAUAGCUCCUACUAUAUUUCGCUACUUAAAAUAUGCGACUCCUUCCGAGAUGUGAGGGAUGUCGUAUAUACUCUGCGCGGCCUAUCGGCAUUUCAAGAACUCCGAAUUUUCAGCUCUUACCAAUACACCACUUCGAUAUGGCUUUCACAACGCCAGCAAUGGAGGCCGUUCUCAGCUAUGAUAAUUUUCGCUUAGCCCCAAGCUUCGACGCACAAGCUCAAUCUGCUUUGCUCCGUCCCAAUCCCAAGCUUGAACAAUGCUUGGUCAACUCGACAGCCAAAGGCCUUCCACCCAUCAGUGUCCUCCCCAUGUCCGGUCAACAUCUAUCCAUUCUCGCUCAGCUCAUGGGAGUCAAAUCAGUUCUCGAAAUUGGUACGCUGGGGGGCUACUCGACUAUCUGUUUUGCGGAAGCAGGAGCCAAGGUAACCAGUAUCGAAAUCGACCCAAAACAUCGGGACACGGCAUUGGAGAAUGUCAAUGGCCUCGAUGUAGAGAUUCUGCUUGGAUCAGCGCUGGAUGUAUUGCCGAAACUUGCGGAGGAAGGGAGGCAGUUUGACAUGGUAUUUAUCGACGCGGACUUCGAAGAUCAAUGGGAGCACUUCGACUGGGCGGUCAAGUUAACGCGUCCAAAGGGAUGCAUCUUUCUAGACGAUGUGAUUCCAUCAAUGAUUAAGAAUGGGCUAGAGGAAGGGGGCGAGACUAUCUUGACAAAGAUUGGCAGAGAUGAGCGAGUCCAGGCCACACUGAUGCCGACAGUGGCUUGCCAUUCAAUGAUACCUACACCGGUGUUUACUGGCUUCAUCCUCGCCGUGGUUAAGAGCCACUGAUGCCUACAAGAUCCCGUAGAAAAGCAUUAGGGGUAAAUAUGGAAUCUAAGUAGCUAUAGUCAGACAUAUUAAAUAACCGAAGGCGAAAGCCCGGGGACGU